CCACAAGUGUCAGAUCCGACCUGGCAACGCUGAGUCACAGGACAAGGAAGACGCAUAUGAACAGCAGUGUCAAAAACAAGGAAAUCGGAGGCAGUUAGUGGAGUAAUCACCAGGAACUGUACUCUAAGCCUGUCUUCAUUGUUCUCAAUGCACCAGUAAUCAGUAUCGUGGGGAUGUUUGGUAGCACUGCAAGGAGGGCCAGCAUGUGAGGUCUCAACAAGAUGAAUGGCAGCAAUUCCCAGACAUUUGCCCAGAGCAAUGCACUUCUGAGGGACAAAAGGCACAAGACCUUCAAAAUCAUUGUUAUUGGUGACAGCAGUGUUGGAAAGACAUGUCUGACAUUCAGAUUCUGUGGAGGGCAUUUUCCAGAAAGAACAGAGGCCACAAUUGGGGUGGACUUCAGAGAAAGGAAAUUGAAAAUUGAUCAAGAGGAGAUUAUGUUGCAGUUGUGGGACACAGCUGGCCAGGAGCGGUUCAGGCGGUCCAUGGUGCAGCACUACUAUAGGAAUGUUAAUGCUGUGGUGUUUGUCUAUGAUGUCACCAGGAUGUCUACCUUUCAGUCUCUGCCAUCUUGGAUAGAAGAGUGUAACCAACACAACCUGAACUAUAAUAUUCCAAGGAUCCUUUUGGGGAACAAAUGUGACUGUAAAGGAGAAAUAGCUGUCCCUACCAAUGUGGCUCAAAGAUUUGCCGACCAUCAUGGUAUGCCGCUCUUUGAAACUUCAGCCAAGGAUGACAGUGACUGUGACCAUGUGGAGGCCAUCUUCCUCACUUUGGCCCACAAGCUCAAGGCUGCCAAGUCCAUGACGCUGAUCAGUCCGUCACAGUUUCCUCCAGACCACAUCCAUCGGGCUGUUGUGGAGUCAGUUGGGCGAGAACGAAAUGGAAUGGAAGUGAAUGAUUCUGAGUCUUGCUAUUGUUAAUGCAGUUGUAUUUAAUGUUUUACAAGAUAUUUAUAUAUAUUAAAGUAUUUCUGAGUUAAAGUAUAGGAUAUAAAAACACUGUGUGAUAUGUACAGGGAGUCCUUAUUCAAUAAGAGAUAGUUCAUUGCAGUCUGUAUGAGUACCAGUACAGAUAUCAGGUUGUGAACAAUUAACAGAAUGCAUUUAGAACUGUUAGAUUGGGAAACAGCAAGUACAGUAGACUUUUGUCUGCCAAGGCAAGGUUAACACUGUUUAUGUGUUGGUUUCCAUGAAAGAGCUUAUGUUCAUGUGUAUCUGUGUUCAGCAUGUCAAUUUCUUGACAACUGAUUAGUAUCUGUAACACACUGGAAGCAAUCAUGACAGUUUGAGUACUUAUUUAACACUGCUUUCAAUCAGUUAUCCAUAUCAUAUGUACUUAUGUCAGCUCAUCAUUGUACUAAAGAAAGUAGAAGUAUGUUGCCUUCCAUGUAAGUGACAUGGGCACCUCAUUAUCAAUAUAUUAUUAGUAACAUGACUGUUGACACUGAUUGAACACUAUGACUCUGAUAAAUGUAAUUCUUGCCUCAGAGGAUGAUUCCCUUUACUUUGCUAAUGACAGCAAUCACCUAUAUUUUCAUAUAAUAUUAUCAGAUAAACCAAUGGCUUUAUAUGAAUAGUCAGAUUACAUAUAUUAAUAUAUAAAAGGAAAGAGUGUAGCUUUGAGGUUGUUGUGUAGAUUUUAUAUAUUUAUAGCAUUCAUUCUUAAAUGUAAUGCUGGACCAAGUUGUAAGGAAGAAACCUAUGCAGAGAAGUAGGUGAUGUAGAACCAGCAGGCAUGAACAUUGUUGGUGAUCCCAAAGGUGAUGAUAACCGGUCUCUUGGUGUUCAUUGGUGUGUUGCCAGCCGGGUCACUUCAUGACACUAGUAGUGCCCAAGAUGACUUUCUGGUGUUUCAAGACAUGUUGGAAACAUCCUGACCUUUUAGGUUUCACUUUUCCUUGGCAUGGUGUGUGAUUGCCACCUCUUGAGUUACCAGUGAUUGUGUUUUAGUGCAUUUUCGUGGAGUUAUCAUUGCUGCUGACUACUAUCAGGAUAUACUUGUAUGUAAACGUUACUUGGUGUGGUGCAAAUUUGUAAAUAUGAAAUAUUUAUUUAAAUAGCAUAUUUAGGUAAUGAUGCAUUCCGAUGUUGUGUAACAUUUUCCCGUAACUUGAGUUUAUUUCCAUUUGUAUAUUAAAAAUGUACAAAUACAGCACCAUAAGCUAUAAGAGUAA